AUGGGAAUCAUCGCUGUCGCAGGAGGAACUGGAAGUGUCGGUCGAACCAUCGUAGAGGCUUUGAUCGAGCAUGGAAAGCACAAGGUGAUCGUGCUGUCACGCAAACCACCCAGCAGUGCCGAUAUCUUCGAUACCCUCCAAGUGGACUAUAAUGACAUCGAAGCUACUGCCUCAUCCUUCGAGGCCCAGAAUAUCGACACCGUCAUUUGCGCAUUUGGAAUGGUGUCGGAUGAAUCGAGCGAUACUCAAAUCAAGCUCAUCCACGCGGCAAAUCAAUCAAGUUGUACGCGACGGUUUGUGGUGAGCGAGUUCGACAUGCUGUUCAAGGAAGAGCACAUUCCGUACAUCCCCACGGCCAAAUGGGCAUUUGAUGCUCUUCGAGUCAUUGAAAAGACGGACCUUGAGCAUACUCGUGUCGUGAACGGUAUGUUUCUCGAUUACUACGGUCUGCCGCAUUGGAAGACGGAGUGGGCUGUUAUCCCUGGGGAUGGCGAGACGGGGGUUAGCUUCAUCACGACGCAAGAUCUCGGUCGGUUCGUGGCUCGACUGAUGGACGUGGAGGAAUGGCCGCCUGUCAGCUGUUUUGCUGGUGUGACGGCGUCUUUUAAUGAGAUUUUAAGCAUCGCGGAGAAAGCUCGAGGCGAGAAAUUCUCGGUGAAAUACGAAGAUCUCGAGACUCUGGAAAAAGGCAAGAUAUCAUUCCCCGAGUUCGAGGAUGCCGGAUUUGAGGGAUCAGGCCAUUCUGACGAGGCCAUCUUUGCGUUGUUUCAUCGUUUCGCAGCCAUGGGAGACUACUAUGUUCCUCCAGAGAGAGCGCUGGAUGGCAGAUUCCCCGAUGUCAAAGUCACUACUGCGGAAGAGCUGAUGACUGUCUGGAGAGGCCGGUGA